GUUACUGGUUUCCCUCUCAGACUGACUGAAGUUCUGAAGAUGAGUGUUUGUGUGGAGGAAGAGGAGGACAAACCAGAGUCUCCAGGAUCCAUCUGUCCGUCUAUGAAGAGUGACCGGUCCAAACAUGAGCCUCCAGCCUUCAGUACUGAACCUGGACCCUCAGACUCACAAGGUCGGAACCACAGACUGAGAGCAGAGUCUCCAGGAUCCAUCUGUCCGUCUAUGAAGAGUUAUCGGUCCAAAGAGUUUAACCCUCCAGGCUUCAGUACUGAACCUGGACCCUCAGACUCACAAGGGAGGAAGAGGAGAGGUGUCUCUGUGGAGGAGCAGCUGUCCAGCUGUGCUCUGUGUCAGGACGUCCUGAAGGAUCCAGUCUCUACCAGCUGUGGACACUGGUUCUGCAGAAAGUGCUUCACCUCAUACUGGGACCAGUCUGGUUCUUCAGGAGACUCCUCCUGUCCCCAGUGUGGACAAAGACCCAGAACAAGACCUGGACUGCAGACAGCCAGUCAGACCAGCACUGAACAAACAGAUAGUGGUCUGCAGGAGGUUUUAGAUCAACAUAAGAUCAGUCUGAGGAGCAGAUGUGAACGUGUGACUGAAGGAACUGAUGGAACAGGAAGUGGAACCCUCCUCAACAGGAUCUACACUGAGCUCCACAUCACAGAGGGACAGAGUGAAGAGGUUAAUACCCAACAUGAGGUGAGGCAGCUGGAGACAACUUCCAAAAAGAAGAUCCUCCAUGACGCUCCAAUCAGGUGCCACGACAUCUUUAAAGUCUUACCUGUCCAACAGAGACCCAUCAGAGUGGUUCUGACCAACGGCGUCGCUGGCGUUGGAAAAACCUUCUCGGUGCAGAAGUUCUCUCUGGACUGGGCAGAGGGCUUGGAGAACCAAGAUGUCAGUCUGCUGGUUCUGCUUUCGUUCAGGGAGCUGAACCUGAUCAGAGAUCAGCAGUACAGUCUUCUCAGGCUGCUCCAUGUUUUCCAUCCAACAUUACAGAAGGUCACAGCAGAGCAGCUCGCUGUCUGUAAAGUUCUGUUCAUCUUUGACGGCCUGGAUGAAAGCAGACUGUCACUGGAUUUCAACAACAGGAAGUCUGUGUCUGAUGUCACACAGGAGUCAUCAGUCAACGUGCUGCUGACAAACCUCAUCAGGGGGAAUCUGCUUCCCUCGGCUCUCGUCUGGAUAACUUCCAAACCUGCGGCGGCCAAUCAGAUCCCUCCUACAUGUGUGGACAGGGUAACAGAAGUACGAGGCUUCACUGACGCCCAGAAGGAGGAGUACUUCAGGAGGAGAUCCAGUGAUGAAGAGCUGUCCAGCAGAAUCAUCUCACACAUCAAGACGUCCAGGAGCCUCCACAUCAUGUGUCAAGUCCCAGUCUUCUGCUGGAUCACUGCUACAGUUCUGGAGCACAUGUUGACCACAGACCAGAGAGGAGAGCUGCCCCAGACCCUGACUGACCUGUUCUCACACUUCCUGCUGGUUCAGACACAGAGGAAGAAGAACAAGUACCAUGAGGGACGUGAGACGAGUCCACAGGAGCUGACGGAGGCUGACGGGGAAGUUCUUCUGAAGCUGGGGAGGCUGGCGUUUGAACAUCUGGAGAAAGGAAACAUCAUGUUCUACCAAGAAGACCUGGAGCAGUGUGGUCUUGAUGUCACAGAGGCCUCGGUGUACUCAGGACUUUGUACUGAGAUCUUCAGAAGAGAGAGUGUGAUCUUCCAGAAAACAGUCUACUGCUUUGUUCAUCUGAGCGUUCAGGAGUUUCUGGCUGCAGUCUACAUGUUCCACUGUUACACCAACAGGAAGACAGAGGUCCUGGAGAACUUCCUGUGGAAACAUGUUGAUUUAACCCUGGAUGUCUUCCUAAGGGCAGCCAUGGAGAAAUCCUUCAAAAGUAGAAAUGGUCACCUGGACCUGUUUGUCCGCUUCCUUCAUGGCCUCUCUCUGGAGUCCAACCAGAGACUCUUAGGAGGUCUGCUGGGUCAGAGAGAGAACAGUCCAGAAACCAUCCAGAGAGCCAUCAACAACCUGAAGAAGAAGAACAAAGAUGAUAUCUCUCCUGACAGAACCAUCAACAUCUUCCACUGUCUGAUGGAGAUGAAGGAUCACUCAGUUCAUCAGGAGAUCCAAGAGUUCCUGAAGUCAGAGAACAGAUCAAAGAAGAAACUCUCUGUGAUCCACUGCUCAGCUCUGGGCUACAUGCUGCAGAUGUCAGAGGAGGUUCUGGAGGAGUUGGACCUGUGGAAGUACAACACAUCAUUGGAGGGACGACGGAGACUGAUCCCAGCUGUGAGGAACUGCAGAAAGGCUCGACUUGUUGACUGUCGACUCUCAGAGACUCACUGUGAAGUCGUGGCCUCAGCUCUGAAGUCCAACCCCUCCCAUCUGAGAGAACUGGACCUGAACUACAACGACCUGGAGGAUUCAGGAGUGAAGCUUCUGUCUGCUGGACUGGAGAGUCCAAACUGUAGACUGGAGACUCUGAGACUUGGUGGUUGUCGACUCUCAGAGUCUCACUGUGAAGUCGUGGCCUCAGCUCUGAAGUCCAACCCCUCACACCUGAGAGAACUGGACCUGAGUCACAACAAGAACCUGCAAGAUUCAGGAGUGAAGGAGCUGUGUGGUUUUCUGGAGAGUCCAGACUGUCGACUGGAGACUCUGAGAUUGUGGAACUGCAGUUUGUCAGAGAUCAGCUGUUCUUCUCUGGCCUCAGCUCUGAAGUCCAACCCCUCCCACCUGAGAGAACUGGACCUGAACUUCAACGACCUGCAGGAUUCAGGAGUGAAGGGUCUGUGUGGUUUUCUGGAGAGUCCAGACUGUCGACUGGAGACUCUGAGAUUGAAGAGCUGCAGUUUGUCAGAGAUCAGCUGUUCUUCUUUGGUCUCAGCUCUGAAGUCCAACCCCUCCCACCUGAGACACCUUUACCUGAGUCACAACAACAACCUGCAGGAUUCAGGAGUGAAGGAGCUGUGUGGUUUUCUGGAGAGUCCAGACUGUCGACUGGAGACUCUGAGAUUGUGGAGCUGCAGUUUGUCAGAGAUCAGCUGUUCUUCUCUGGCCUCAGCUCUGAAGUCCAACCCCUCCCACCUGAGAGAACUGGACCUGAGCAACAACAAGCUGCAGGAUUCAGGAGUGAAGGAGCUGUGUGGUUUUCUGGAGAGUCCAGACUGUCGACUGGAGACUCUGAGAUUGAUCGACUGCAGUUUGUCAGAGAUCAGCUGUUCUUCUCUGGCCUCAGCUCUGAAGUCCAACCCCUCCCAUCUGAGAGAACUGGACCUGAGCUACGACAACCUGCAGGAUUCAGGAGUGAAGGAGCUGUUUGAUCUUGUGAAGAGUCCAGACUAUCGACUGGAGACUCUGAGCUGGAGGUGAUCUGUCUACAGAGUGAAGAGGAGAGGAGAGCUUCAUCCAGCAGUGACUGACAGAGGAAUCAGAAGAAGUGGAGAUGACUCUCAGUGCUGAAACACACACUUCCUGUUUGUGUUGCUCUCAACAGUCUGAGCUUCACAAAGAGGGACUUUCAGUGUAAAAUGACUUUAACUCUGAAGAUGAGUUUGACUCAGACGGUUGAAGCCUCGUGUUCUUCAGCUGAACUUUAGGAGAUAUUAUUGUAGGAGGAACAUGUUGUUGUUAUCCUCCAUCUCUUCAUCAACGUUGUGACCAACAGCUCUGUCAGUGUGUAAAUAGACAUGUGACGUGUUUUCAGACAGGCUGUCCAUUAUAAUGUAGAGUCAACAAGUAUCAUUGCUUUAAUUCAUCUUUAAUUAACUCACAUUUUAAUUGUCUCACUAAUCCUUGAUUUUUUUUGACAUACUUUAUUGUGUUCCAUUUUUAUAUGUCAUAUUAUGGCACAAAUAUUUUACGGCACAUUUUUAUGGCAUGUUAUGCAAUGACAUUUUUUCUGAUAUCCCAGUGUUUGACACAUUUUUAGUACAACCUAUAUAAGAUUUUCUGACUCAUUACACUGACGUUUUUAAUGGACAUUUUGGAACAUGCUAAUAAUUAUACACUGUUAUUUCAUAUUAUGGCACAUUUUGAUGAAUUUGUAUACUUUGACAUAUCUUUGAAUCCAUCAGUCAGACUUCAUUACUUUUCAUAACAUAACACAGUGCUUCACACAACAGCAGAGGAAACGCCAAAGGCAGCAUAAAAACUAAAGGAUUCAGAAUUGCAAAUUAAAAAUUCAGAUCAACAAAAUAAGACUAAUAGGAAAGUGUGUGCUGUUCUUCUCUGCGGUGUGUUCAGGAAGCAGCAUCAGGGUUAUGGAAACCAACAGACUAAAAAGGCUGGUGAGGAACGCCAACUCUGUAAUUUAGCAGUCUGGAUGAGCUCCAGCAGAGUGUAAGACGGAGUGAUUGAGGCGCUCCUCUGUGCCAACAGCCAUGGAGCUGUACAGCAGCACCAAUGCCCCACCAUCCACCCAGACAUUUGACAAUUUGAAUUAUGUGUUUGUCAAUACAUCUACUUUGGACACUUGAAUACCUAACACUUGAGACACCUGAACACUUUAAAUACCUGUUGUGGUCAUUUGGUUAAUGCUUCUUUACACAAUGUAUGAUUUUUUUCAGAAGCUUUAAAUAUGUCCUUGACCAAUACAUGUGCAGGUGUUUCCUCAUUUGUUGUUUUGUCCAGUUGUUUGCCGAUUUUGUUUGUUGUAUGUUGUUUUGUUUGGUAUUGUAUAUUUCUAUCUGCGCUAUUUUCCUGCUACUGUGAACACCCAAAUUUCUUGCCAAGUGAUUAAUAAAAACUUUAUUUUAUCUAA